UGACCUGGCAGCUGACCUGACCACUGCAUGUUUUGCUAAACGCAAAAUUACGACAAAUUUCCUAACCUUGCUAAACUUCCGAGUGAUUUCCUUACAUCCUAAAAUUACAUCCAAUCUUGAGUGUGAAAUCAAAUGGGUAAGCCAAGAGACGUGGGUACGGAAGAGGAGAUCAAUUUAGAUACAAGCGAUGUCUCGCCGCAGAAACGGCAUAAGAAACAUAAACAUAAAAAGCACAAGAAGAAGAAGCUCAUGCAUGACGACAGCGACGCCUUUGUCGAAAUUUCAAGCGACGCUGAUCGGAAGAAGAGCUUCAGAAUCAAAAUGAAAAAGGAAGAUGAACGGAGUUUGGAUAAACGUGAAAAGGUAUUGAAGACGUGCGCUUUCAACACAGCUACGAUAAGCACUGCACCGUCUCCAAAAGCAACUACGAAGAAAAAAAUUCCCAAAGGUAACAGAGGCAAAGAUAGUGGGACCAGCAGCGAGGAAGAAAGAUGGCUCGACGCUAUCGAAUCUGGUAAACUGGAGGAGGUUGACGACGAAUUGAAAAAAAUUAAGCCAAAAGAUCCCAAGCUAAUGACAGCACGACAGAGGGCAAUGUUUGAAAGGAAAACCGACACGGAGCCGAAUCCAGGUGUCGAACAACUAAUGUCCUUACCUACUGGUUACAAAGAAAAAGUCAUGACUGCGGAAGCUAUACAGAAGGCUGCUCUAAAGUCUCUGAAACGGAAACAGCUCGCGGAUGAAAAGAGAGAAAAGGAUAAGAAAAAGACAAUGGAAAGAUUGCUUAAGAAACAAGAAUCUAAAGCGUCCAAAGUUAUCAGCAAGGGAAAACUAUCCAAGCGACAAGUACCGUUAGUAACGUAUCGUUUAACGAUCGAAGGAAGUUCUAUAUCUUUUCCGCCCGGUGAAAAUUUUCCACUUUCUCCUGCCAGAGAGAAAAGCCCGCCAAAACAAAUCCUCUGCGGGAUAAAAGAGUGUAAAAAUCUCAAGAGAUAUUCGUGUUCGAAAACUGGAGUACCACUGUGCAGUUUAAAGUGUUACAAAGCCAAUCUUAAUUUAACCAGGUAAAUAGUGUAAACACUAAGAAUUUCUUCGAACUUUAAUUAAAAGUAAGUUUUGCGAGCGCGCGCACACAUGCGACUAAUAUAGGCCAUACAAGUAUUACUUAGAUAUAGUUGCAAGUUUAUGUGUAAAUAAAAAUCUCUUACCAUGGA